AUGGAUCUCUAUCUAUUCGGGAUUCUCUUCUUGCUGGCUGUGCGGGCGUGCGCGAUGCCUGCGGCGGUGACCGACUCGACUGCAUUCAAUGCGGCGAGUCCUCGUGAACGACUUGAGCGACUGGCCCAGUUCGCCCUCGACACGACACUAAGAGGACUUGGCCACAACUCUACGACGUUCCACGGCAAGAAGUGUACACGCCGCAACUUGCGGAUUCGGCGGGACUGGAGAGCGUUCUCACGGUCUCAGAAGAAGGCCUAUAUCAGGUCCAUUCUGUGCCUGCAGGCACUUCCGCCACGGACGCCGUCACAUCUCGCGGCUGGGGCGAAGACACGAUAUGAUGAUUUCGUGGCGACGCAUAUCAACCAGACCUGGCAUAUCCAUCGCACGGGCACCUUUCUAGCAUGGCACCGGUACUUCAUCUAUGAAUUCGAGCAGACUCUCCGCCAUGAAUGUGGCUAUACUGGUGAUCUUCCAUACUGGAACUGGCCAGCGGAUAUCAAUUCAAUGGAACGGUCCCCAUUCUUCGACGGCAGCGACACAUCGCUCUCCGGCAACGGCGAGUACAUCCCAGACCAGCCGGAUCUCGAGAUCCCCAUGGGCGAGACGGACAUCCCUCCUCUUAUUCUCCCGCCCGGCACAGGCGGGGGAUGCGUCACCAGCGGCCCCUUCGUCAAUUACACCGUCAACAUGGGCCCGUCGUUCCUCUACGUGCCCGGGGGCAAUGUCUCACGCAUGUCGAACCCACUCGACUACAACCCGCGCUGCAUGAAACGCGACCUGACGACCUCAAUCCUCCGCGACAAUACCAACUACGCGCGCCUGGUCGAUCUGCUUCUCACCAAUGGUGACGUGUGGGAUUUCGAGACGAACGUACAGGGCGCCCCGGGCAGCGGCCAGCUGGGCGUGCACGGCGGUGGCCACCUCGCAAUCGGCGGCGACCCGGGUCGGGACGCGGACGCCAAUCCAGGGGACCCGGGGUUCUGGCCGCACCAUGGGAUGAUCGAUCGGCUCUGGUGGAUCUGGCAGAGCAUGGACCCGGCAGCGCGGCAGGAUGCCAUCUCCGGCACGGAUACGUUCUUGAAUAAUCCCGCGUCGCCGAAUACCACGCUCGACACGCGGGUGAAUGUUGGGUAUGUGAAACCGGGGUCGAUUGCCAUGCGGGAGUUAAUGAGUACCACGGCUGGUCCGUUUUGCUAUGUAUACCUGUGA